CUGAGUCAUUAGUGGUGCAAUAACUUCACUUAGUUUGCCUGUCAAUGUUGUAGGUAGAUUGUUAUUGACCAUAUAUGGGAGGCGACACGGGCGAUAACUGCAAUAACAACCAGGUAUGUUCUAUAUUUAGCAAUGAUCGCUACAAUGAUAAAUAUGCCCGGGGAAUUCGCAGGGCAGCGACAGAGAGAAGACUGUUUGAGGAAGUGAAACGAGUGGAAACUUUCAGGAACCACGUCUUGCAGAGAAGCAGGAUCAGGCGGCUGUCAGCCGAGGCAGAGACUUAAAAAUAGCUCACUAACGAGGCUCCAGUUCCACCUAGCAAUGACAUCACACGAUCCAAACUUAUUGCGUGAGGUACGAGAGUAUCUUCAUUCCAACAAUGAUGCCAUGACGUCCAAGCCUGUCCCCCACGGAGCCUACAGUCUGUUCAGCUUUCCCGCGGCACCCAAACAUAAAUAUGAUGAGGUGUACCCAGGGAUUGUCCUCGGUGACCACUCCACAGCCCGGGACAAGGAGGACUUGAAGUCUAUGGGCAUCACACAUGUUGUCAACACCUGCAUGGGAGCCAAGUUCAACAUGAUCGACACCAAUGCUGAAUAUUUCAGUGAUGUUGGAAUCCAGUUUUUCGGUUUCCCUGGGAAGGACAUAUUUACCUACAACCUCAGUCAACACUUCGACAAGGCAGCUGACUUUAUAGACAAAGCUCUUGCAGACAAUGGGAAGGUCUACAUCCACUGCAUGCAGGGCAUAAGUCGAUCAGGAUCAACCGUGCUGGCGUUUCUCAUGUUGAAGCGAGACAUGCCGCUCAAGGAGGCAGUGAAAUUAGUUCGAGCCAAGAGAGAGAUUUUCCCCAAUGAUGGCUUUCUCAAACAACUGUGUGAGCUAAACAGGAAGCUACAUGGGAAGCCAUCUUGAUGUCUGCUGGAUCCAUGGAAGCCAUCUUGGUGUCUGCUGGAUCCAUGGAAGUCAUCUUGAAGUCUGCCGAGGCCAUGGAAGCCAUCUUGAUGUUUGCUGAGGCCAUGGAAGCCAUCUUGAUGUCUGCUGGAUCCAUGGAAGCCAUCUUGAUGUCUGCUGGAUCCAUGGAAGCCAUCUUGAUGUCUACUGAGUGCAUGGAAGUCAUCUUGAAGUCUGCCGAGUCCAUGGAAGCCAUCUUGGUGUCUGCCGAGUCCAUGGAAGCCAUCUUGAUGUCUGCCGAGUCCAUGGAAGCCAUCUUGGUGUCUGCCAAGUCCAUUGUAACUUGACCAUGGUGUAAAACCAACAUAUCAACCAUGUCUACCCCAUCAUGAGAUUCACGUAUUUAUAGAAUAUUGAGACUCAAUUCCUUUUCUACUCUCUCAGUACUUUGUUCAUGGUUGUGUUCUUUGCAAUGAAUGAGCCUAGUGGUUAAGGCGUUUGCUUAACAUGCUGAAGACCCUGGGUUCAAUUCUCCUUAUGGGUACAAUGUGUGCCUGGCCAUGAUAAUGCUGGAAUAUUACUACAAGUGGUGUAAAACUAUACUCACUCACUAACAAUAAAUAUGUUUCUUAUGAUGUACAGUUUGUUAUUUAAUAUUUCAGUUGAUGAAUUUUAUGUUUGUAAUUCUGAUAACCCACAUUGUGAAUUUAUUUUGUUGCCAAGGUAUACUGUGGUAUUAAGAUUGUAAGCAAAUGGAAUUUACUUUUUUAUGCGAUCAGGGAAAACAGAAACCUGUUACCAUGGCUAUGUCAAGUUUUGCGCAAUAUGCAUAACAAAUCAAACAUUAGUUAGAUUGUGUCUUUCUCCAUUGAUAUUUGAAACCGAAGUAGGUUUCGGCACAGUUUAAGUGAUGCUGUACACCGGAUCCAUCAACUUGAAGAUGGUGAAAUGUGACAAGUUGAGAAAAUAAUCCAACCCCUUCAUCCUAGUUAUAUCUUUUAUACUCCAGUAUAAAGAGUAUUCAUCACAAGUGAUAUUUAGCUCACCUGACCUGCUGAAGGUUUGUAUGAGUUCAUGUCAUCACAAGUCAUCCAUAGUUUUUGUUGCCCUUAAAGCUAUGAUUAUUGCUGAUUUAUGAGAUUGUUUGUGUAAAUGUUUGUUACUGUAGUUACUAUAAGGGGGUUCAAGGUUGUUCAGCGCCUCAAAAUUUGAAUUUCAAUAUGGCUGCCUCAGCAGUCAUAUUAGAAACCCAUUAAUUGCCAUUUCUCAAAUAUUUUGUUUGAAGUGUAUAGAAAUCUACAUGUGUAGUUAGUAGUGGGAUUUUGUUGAUAAAAAUGAAUUAUCCCUUAGAAUUCUUGAAAUUGCCUGCUUCAAAAGUUACAAGAUGUUCUUCUUUUUAAAAAGUCAUGCUCAUAGCUUUAAGUAAAAAAUAUCUGGUUUUGUAACUGUGUAUCUAUUUUCUCUGUACAAAAUCCCAGGGCUGUGGAACUAUUGUUGAUAAUCUGUAUCAUGUUACAUGCUUGUGAUGUCUUGAAAGAUGUUAUGUUUUCCUAGGUUUAUGACAUGGCUCUACUCACUCAAAUGUUUUGUCAGUGAAGGGAUGUACUGGGUUGUGUAAGAAUGUCCUGGGUUAUGCGAGGGACAGUUUGUCAGGGACACAGUGUCGACAUAUCCUUGGUUUUGUCACAGUGCAAGAAUGUCUUGGGUAUUGUCAGGGACAUUGUGAAAAUGGCUUUAACUUAUUUAUUGUUUCAACUUUAUGGAUGUGCUCACAUAGCAAUUCUCCCAACAUCUGAGCUUUAAUCUUUUGUUGAAUGAUCUUUUGGCAUCUAUUUUGACAUCUUCCAGAGGCAAUGUGUUGACUGACUAUAGAAGUCCAGUUUCCACCCUUGACAAACUCACCUGCGGUAAUGGAGUUAUAUUUUGGCUGCAAUAAUGAGUCUAUGCAUAGUCCAAUCAAAAUCGCGUAAUGAAAUCAGCAUCCGGUUUGUAAACAUCUGUGCAGAUUUUCGUUGUUUGCGUGAUUUGCAAAAUGUGUUUACCGUCAACUUAUUUUCCAAAUCUGUUCAUGUUUUUAAUCAAGGUGCUCAUACGAUUUGAUGAACUUUGCAAAUAAGACCCAUGUUAUUACAAUAUAGAUCUUGAUUAUCAUCACUGGGCGCCGCCAUUUUGUUUGAAGCAAAUGCAAGUGGUAUCAGAGGUGAAAUCUGAUUGGUCAGUAGGAGGGACAUAGAAGGGACAUAACUCGUUAUAGCCACUGGUGGCGCUGCGAUAGAACCUAUAAAAUUCCAGCCUACUUUGGCAAGGGUGGAAACUGGACUUUUACAGUCAGUUAACUCCCUUGCCUCGUGAAGAUGCUAUUUUGAUAACUAUGUUUAAUUUGUAUGAAACAUAUUUUGAUUAAUGUAAUUGGCUUUACUUGAAGGUACCAACAUAACGAUGAGUGAUAUUUUGCAGAAAUGUAUGUUUUGUUACAGUAUUGAUCUGGUUUUUUUAUGAACCCUUCAGAGGGGCUGUGUGUGUCUUUGUAUGUAGUGGAAUUUGAAUCUGGUAAUGAAUCAGGCUCAUGGCAAUACACAUCUACGGCACAGGUGGCCUAGUCGUCUAAGCGCAGUCAUUCGCUGUGCAGAGUUGCGUCCCUUAGGCAUGCUAGAAACCUAGGAUCGUGGGCUCAAACCCCAUUUCACUCCAAUUGUGAUUCUAGGUUUAUCAGCACCAUACCCGUGCUUGUGGGUUUCAACAACGUGAUCUGCAUCACUUCAGGCUUUCCUCCAACAUUAAGCUGACAUGUCAUGAUAUAACUGGAAUACUGUUCAAAGCGUGUUAAACCCAACUCACUCACUCACACCAAGAGUAUCCCUGUCAGCCGUUGAGUAUGGCAGCUGGGGCGUACUGAUUUAUCACACAUCAAUACAUAGCAAUACUUUCAUGGCAAGUUGAAAUAUCAGUGGUUAAUAUGCCGGGCUAAACUAUCGAUAGUAAAGACCGACAUUAUAAAAUAUAUCAGCACUUGGAUCACUUGAUUGGCUAACCAAGCAAACAUGCCACGCCCACUAACGGACACACGUUUCCUGAUUGGCUGAUAAUACAGUGGGCGGGGUUUGUGUUGCAUGAUCACUCUGAACUGUCACUGAUGAAGCUUUUUGUGUAAAUAAUUAAAUAGCAGUCUGUGAAGCUAUAGCGUCUUCAGCAAUAGAAAAAGUGCCUUCCAUUGUCUCUUGUGUAAGGCAUAAGGGAAAUAACUCUUGACUUCUUCAGUAACAUGGAGCCGACAUGGAUUAGUGUCUGUGGUAACACGAAAUGACAGUUAACCCCUUGCCAGCAGCUCGGGUAUAACUCACAGGUUGUCCAGUUAACCCCUUAUCAGCAGCUAGGGCUGAAUCUUAUGUUGGUCAGUUAACCCCUUAUCAGCAGCUAGAUUUAACUCUCCUGUCGGCCAGUUAACCCCUUGCCAGCAGCUAGGGUGUAAGUCUAUGUUGCACAGCUGAAUCCUUGUUAGCAGUUAGGGUAUAACUCACAUGUUGCCCAGUUAACCCCUUAUCUGCAGCUAGGGCUGAAUCUUAUGUUGGUCAGUUAACCCCUUGCCAGCAGCUAGGGUGUAAGUCUAUGUUGCACAGCUGAAUCCUUGUUAGCAGUUAGGGUGUAACUCACAUGUUCCCCAGUUAACCCCUUGCCAGCAGCUGGGGUGUAACUCACAUGUUCCCCAGUUAACCCCUUGCCAGCAGCUAGGGUGUAAGUCUAUGUUGCACAGCUGACUCCUUGUUAGCAGUUAAGGUGUAACUCACAUGUUCCCCAGUUAACCCCUUGCCAGCAGCUGGGGUGUAACUCACAUGUUCCCCAGUUAACCCCUUGUUAGCAGCUGGGGUGUAACUCACAUGUUCCCCAGUUAACCCCUUGCCAGCAGCUGGGGUGUAACUCACAUGUUCCCCAGUUAACCCCUUGCCAGCAGCUGGGGUGUAACUCACGUGUUACCCAGGUAACCCCUUGUUAGCAGCUGGGGUGUAACUCACGUGUUGUACAGGUAACUCCUUGUUAGCAGCUAGGUGUAACUCACAUGUUGCCCAGUUAACCCCUUGCCAGCAGCUAGGGUGUAACUCAUGUGUUGUACAGGUAACUCCUUGUUAGCAGCUAGGUGUAACUCACAUGUUGCCCAGUUAACCCCUUGUCAGCAGCUGGGGUGUAACUCACAUGUUGCCUGGUUAACCCCUUGCCAGCAGUUGGGGUGUAACUCACGUGUUACCCAGGUAACCCCUUGCCUGCAGCUGGGGUGUAACUCACGUGUUGCCCAGGUAACCCCUUGCCAGCAGUUGGGGUGUAACUCACGUGUUGCCCAGGUAACCCCUUGCCAGCAGUUGGGGUGUAACUCACGUGUUGCCCAGGUAACCCCUUGCCAGCAGCUGGGGUGUAACUCACAUGUUGCUAUCGGUUUUAACCAGACGUUGUAGUAUACUCCCACUGAUUCUCUCCAACAAGUCUGUGAUCUGUCAAUGUUCCCAGGUGCUCUCUCCUGAGCAGUAUCAGGUUUCAGUUGUUGUCACCCAUGGAUUAGUUCUUUGUUGUUUUAUAUCCAUUUACCUCUCUUACUCCCGUUUGUUACAUUUUUUACAAGAUGACUAAUAUGCUGGUUAUGAAAUAUGUUACAACUUGUACUCUUUUUACGAAUAAAUAUGUUUACUGGU